CAUCUCGCUCUAUCAACAUCUCAGAUACUCCCAAGCACCACCCAUCCACCCUCCACCCGACUAUGUCGCUUGCCGGAAACUGAACUACUCCUGCGCUCACCGGACCCGGCUCUUCAUCGAUCACAAGCUCUAAUGUUUGCACUGCCGAACGCAGACCGUGCUCAGCCGGCAAUGCAGACGCUCACCCCACUGAAUGAUGUGGAGAUGCCGGACACGGACGUCCAUCACGAACAAGAGGACACCGCACAAAUGCCUGCCCCCAAACACGAGCUCGACAACAGCAGUACCCAGCAGCCUCCUGACCUUCAGCAGAUGACUCUGCGGCCACCAAUGUCUGCCAGCGCAGACUCUGACCAGCAGUCGCGUAUCUCCGCCUACGCUCGCCUAGAUUUCGCGUCGUUCACGUUCUACGUGCAAACUCUGCAAGUGAUUAUGGGCAGACGUGUGGAAUCUGCGGGCUUCGGCGACGGUUCAACUCCAGGUCGCUCUAGAUCGCGUACGCCGAUGAAAAUGGACCCCAACACGCCCGGAGCGGGCGCAAGCCAAGUCGGCACAAGCAACUCAGGCGCGGGCGCUGGAGCUGUGGCUGCUGUCGCCGGAAAUGGCGGGGGGAGCGGCAGCAUAGACGUACAUCUGGGAACUGCAAAGGCGAUUUCAAGAAAACACGCAAAGAUAUUCUACAACUUUGCCAACCAGCGAUUUGAGUUCUCUGUCUUGGGACGCAACGGCGCGUUCGUCGACGACGUGUUUGUCGAGAAAGGCGCAACCGUUCCUUUGAAUCACGGCUCGAGGAUACAGAUCGGACAGGUCGGCUUCUCGUUUCUUUUGCCGUCUGGGGGCAACCCGGAAUCCGGUGCUACAACUCCGACGCACGCCAUUAAGCCGGCUGACGCCAUAUCUCUGCGCGACGAGAAAUCUAUGCUUCCGCUAGCUGAAAGUAUAGCAAUCAGUACUUUAGAAGGAGAAGAACGAAAAGCGUCUGCUUUCGCAGAGGCGCACGACGCGCACAGUUCUGCGGAAAUUCCUCUACCAUCCGGACAGAUUUCUGAAGGCGGACUGAACGAUGCCGAACUGCGCAUGGUCGAGGCACUCACGAGUGCUACUAACGUAGCUGGCGGCUUUGGAGAUCUUGUGUCUGCCAGCUCGCCCGGAAAUAGCACCAUUCUAGCUGAUGAGGCUGCUACACCGCAAAACAAAGCAAUGCAAGCCAAGGCGAAGGCAGCAGCACGCAAGGAGAAACGACACCCUUCACCUAUUUCGCCGUCGCAAAUACCCCCAGAGUAUCGCGAGAAGCCGUCCAACUCUUACUCAAGUCUAAUCGAGAUCGCUCUACGAACCUAUGCCACCGAGCGUGGAAUGUCACUAUCAGAAAUCUACACAGCCAUUCAAAGCAUUUUUCCGUACUACCAAUACGCUCCUUAUGGAUGGCAGAAUUCUGUGCGACACAAUCUUUCGCUGAACAAGUCAUUUAUAAAGAUCGCUAAAGAGGGGAAAGGCUGGCUAUGGGGACUAGAUGAGGAGCUUUGCCGAGAAAAGGAGGCAAAGAGAAACAGGCCGUUAGUGAAAGAACGCAAAGAACAAGAACGACGAGAGAGAAAAGAGCGCGAAAAGAAGGAGAAGGAGGAACGAGAGCGGAAGGCGAAAGAGGAGAAGGAAGCAUUGGAGCGCGAACGGAAAGAGCAUGAGAGAUUGGAAAAAGAGAGGAAAGAAAGGGAGCUUGCAGAGAAGAAGAAGGCUCUUGCUGCGAUUGCUCAAGCAGCUGCGGCAAAGACAGCUGCGUCGGUAGCAAAGGGCGGAAUGGUCCCGGCUCUUCCACGAGCGUUGGCUCCGGGAGGCAAACCGAAAACAAAUCCUCUCGGCGUGCCUCCAUCAAUUCAAAAGUCCCAGCCCACAAAGGCGCCUAUCAACAAAGACACUCUCAAAGCCUUACAGCUUCUCCAGCAAACUAUCACCGCCCAGCUCUCUGCUGGAGGAUCAAAGGCUCCGAAUACAACCACCGCGGGAGCGCCAGCGCAAACUACUCCCGCUGUCGCAGCGACUCCCUCUCUCGAAUCGAAAGCGGACGUCGGACUGCAGCAGAUAGAGCGGCGGCCAAGCGACGACAACCGUCCACAACCCCAUGCCACGACUGCCUCUCCACAGCCACCAAGCUCUCUGCCAUCUAAUAACGCUGCGGCACUAGUCGCGGCACUAGCUGCUGCGCAGAAGAAGUCCGGGCAACAAGCAGCAGCAGCAGCAGCAGCAGCAGCAGCAGCAGCAGCAGCAGCAGCGGCGGCGUCCAAGCCAGCUACUGCACCUGCUCAGCAGCCCACUCGGCCUGGAGUUCCUCCAGCCAAAACACCACAGCAGAACGCUAAGGCUGCUGCUAUAGCUAAAGCGCUGAUGAUGACUUUGGCUCAGUCAAUGAACAAGACAAGAAAGCCAAGCACUGGUGCUCCCGAAGCGGGAAGUAAUGGCGGAUCGGGUACUCCAAGUAACCCCGGUACGCCUGUCGGGGUUCCUUCGUCAUCUGGUACUGACAAAUAAUGGCUCUGAGAGGAACAAGGGCGUUUAAAGUUGUAUGUGUAUUAUUAAUUUUGUUUUUCGGGAAGGCGUUAUCUUUGGAUGCUGGAAU